AUGGUCGUGUCUCUUGAUCAUCUUCCGGAGGAGAUUCUUCAUUCCAUUUUAUGCGAUUUGCACCCUCGCUCUGCUGCCGCGCUUGAGCAAACCAGCCACCGAUUCAAGAAUGUGACCAGCGGACCACUACUAUGGCGUCAUUACUGUGCAGUUUACUUCAAGUCGUGGGACAAGAAGCAUGAGAUCCUGCAAAAGCUCACGGCUCCGGUGCCGUCCGUCGAUUGGAAGGCGCUAUUUGCAGCGAGAUACCGCAUUGACCGCGCAGUCACUCGACUUCUGGACAGUAUCCUUGCCAGUCAAACAGGACGCAUUGAGAAAUUUCGCGCCGUUAUUGAUUACGGAUACGAUGCCAAAGAUACCCUUCUGCGACAUAGUCAAGUUGAAUCCGGCGAGGAUCAUCUUGCAAGAAGGUACUAUGCGCGAGCACUCCUAACCUGUCUUCAUCGGAGCAUUGCGGUUCCAGAGUGGGCCAGGCUUCGACAGGGUGAACCGGUGUCGCUUGAGCGCGCCCUGGGAGCCUUCGACCUCUUUGUCCCUGAGAGCGGAUACGGUCACCUAGACGAGGUCAAAGGAACGCUAGAUGGCCUCGUUGCCCAAUUUGGUGCUUCUCAUUCUGAAAUGGAUGAUCUUAGCCCUCGCGACAAGGCCCUGUUGCUCGCAUCUUGGCUACGCGAUCAUGACCUCACGGGAAUAGAACCUGGUCGCCAAUACCAUGCCUUGGAGCACAACUUCCUGGGCCUGGCUUUGAACAGUCCAGGACAUAAUUCCCUUCCUCUGAUUUCUGCCGCAAUCUAUUGCUACGUGGCGCAAGCAAUCGGCUUGGAUGCCCAUCCUUGCGGCUUUCCAUUCCAUGUUCAUGUCGUUAUCACCCCACCGUCUGGCGUGGAUAUGAAUGGAGAGGCUGUCUCCGGGGUGGAUUCAGGCCCUCCUAUGUACCUGGACCCAUUCCGAGGUGCACGGGAAACCCCAGUGUCUGAUUUACGAGAUCAGCUUAUCUUUCUGGGUGCUUCGGAGACGGAGCAGGUGGCGUUCUUAGGACCAUCAUUAACGUCAGAGAUCGUCCAGCGGUGCAGCAGAAACAUUUGGACCUCAAUUAAUUCGACACCCAACCCCCCUGACGGGCACGCCACAUCCGUGGAUGUGGUGAGUGCAAAGUAUGCCUCAUUAUGGUCUUCGAUGCUUCUCACGGGAGAUUCGCGACCCAUGGACCUGCGUCACCAUCUUCCAUUGCUCAUGGAGAUUUUCGCAACUGAUUUCCCGUCCGACAUCUUUUUGGUGGAACAAUACAUUGUUCCUCUAUUCCAGGGCCUCUUCGAGCAUGAGCAUAUCUUAGAAAGUCUCCACGUCAUGCGCGCAGUGGACGAGAUUCCCAAGCAGGUGCGGCGGCGGACUGGUGAGAAUCAGAACAUCCGAUAUUCUGUGGGUCAGGUUUUCCGACACCGGCGGUAUCAUUACCGCGCUAUCAUCACUGGCUGGGAUCGGGAAUGUGGUGCUGGUGAGCAAUGGAUGCGACGAAUGGGCAUCGAUCGCCUCCAGGCUGGUCGUCAUCAAAGUUUCUAUCAUGUUCUCGUGGAGGAUCGAAGCGUUCGAUAUGUGGCAGAAGAAAACAUCGACUUGAUUCUCCCGGAGUUUCGCGACUUGCCCUCGAGCCUGACGAGUAUCGCUGGGAAGCAUUUUAAGCGGUGGGAUCAGUCGAGUCGGGCUUUUGUCAGCAACAUGAGGGAUGAAUACCCCGACGAUUAG